CAGCGGCGGUGUGACGAGUGUGCUCUCGCGCCGCGAAAUCGCGACGAUCCGAUCGUCAGCCGCGCACGAUAAGAGCGACGGGGUAAUUGGUCCUAGCGACUCGCGGUUGACGGACCGGCGGACGACCGCGGGGGGAAUCGCGGCGGUAACGACGAGGACGAGGAGGACGACCGUCACCGCGCGUCGGCAGAGGCGGCAGGUCGCUCGUCCAGGUGCCCGUGUAGGUCCCUCGCGACGACCACGGGGAGGCGGGGCAUCGCCGCUGGUGCUCGCCGCUGGUGCUAAUCGCAUCGCCGUGUCGCACGGUGCACACGGUCACGCGCCACCGCGUACGUCGGCAGCAGCGCCACCGGGAUGGAGAGGCGAGCCGCUUUCGUGCUGCUGGGGAUGCUAUAUUUAGCGGUGGGCACCCUCGUCGUCACGGUCCAGGCAGUGAAGUACGAUGGGCCGACGAUUGUGCGCGAGGGGCAAGGUUGGGAGAUCACAUGCACCGAAUUGGAGGACGAUAACAUUAGGUGGACCAGGAACGGCCAGACGCUGGAACCCGAGCUGUCCAGCGGUCAGCUGGUCGUCUACUCGGAGCCCAAUACCGGCAGCAGCAGGCUCAAGGCGAACCAAGCGACCGACAACCACGAGGGGGAUUACAAAUGCACCACCGCCAGCUCGGAAUUUUAUCACCUCUCGAUAUACGUCGAUAUUAAGAUUAGAGUACUCACGCCCAAAGACGUACCUUUGGUGCUCGAAUGCGCAAACAGAAGCGCUAGCGAUAAAGUGCUAUGGAUGAAGGAGAAGAUACCGGUGAGCGGCAACGAAGAUGUCAAGAUUGAUAACGAGACCGGCAACCUGGAGAUUUUAAAGGACAAGGAAGAGCUUUAUGGAAAUUACACUUGUAAAGCAGCUAACGCCACGAUCGAGUACAGAGUCGUACCGAGGCCAGUGGCGCAUAUGGCUGAAUCUACCAGCGUGGUGGAGGGCGAGAAGCUGCACUUGGUGUGUGGCAGCAAACAGAACGUAAAUGGCGUGAAAAUAUCCUGGACCUUCAGGGAUCAGAAUUAUACGCGCAGCAAGGAUCGCGUCAAGAUCACCAAGGACACGGAGAAGGGUAUUUACGGCGCCGUCCUGACUGUCGACAACAUCGAGAUGACCGAUCGCGGUGACAUUAUCUGCUGGAUGUCGUACAACUGGUCCGAUCCCGUACUGGAACACUCGUCGGAGGCCAAGACAUUCCUCAGGGUGAAGGACAAGCUCGCCGCACUCUGGCCCUUCCUAGGCAUUUGCGCGGAGGUCGUUGUUCUAUGCGCCAUCAUUCUAGUUUACGAGAAGAAGCGGAACAAAGCUGAACUUGAGGAGUCCGAUACCGAUCAAAGCCCUGAUACUAAACCGACACCCAACAAGGAAUCCGAUGUCAGACAGAGGAAAUGAGACAGAAAGCAGAUGAAUUAGAGCGAUGCGAUAGAAGCGGGGGAACGGGUCGUCAUGUAUAGUGCUGUAAUGGAAACCUGUAAAGACAACGGGACACGGCUUUUUGAAUGAGAGGAAUGUGUCGUCACAAACGUGGAAUAAACUGCAAAAUGGACAGCAGCGGGCUUGAGUGGGCCAUUCAUAGUGCGCACCUGUGUGAAAACAGGCUUGUGCGGCAGAUGCGUACAGAGCAGGAUCACACCAGUUACUAAAAGAUUAAAUUAAGCCUUAUUACGGUGUUCACUCCGUUUAUCAGAUGUUCGCCUGUUCGUAUUCUUUAACUACACCGCUUUGACCGAUAAAGAGAGAGAAAGGGAGCGAGAGAGAUGUGUUGAGUUAUGUACAAGUGCCGAUGAUGACACGAGUGUGUGCCAGGGAAUGGAGGGUGCGUGUGUAUGUGUACGUGUAUGUAUGUACGUAUGUAUGCUGUAUGUGAGAAAAAGAGAGAGGGUAAGAGAGAGAAAGAAAAAUAAAUAAUACAGUAUGAGUGACAAGCUAACAAGUAAACAGACCGAUAGAUUGAAAAAGAAGCAGAGAUAAAAUAGCAUGCCCGCCGAGCGCGAGUACGUGCGCGAUUACGUAUAAUUUCUUACAAAACGCCUCGAACGUGACGUUCUGACAAGCACUGUAGCUCGAUCGCGCGUUUACUCGUCACACACAUCGCCCUGUUGUCCUGCGCGGCAUUUGCGUUCGCGUUCGUUGGGCAUGCCACGUAUUAGAUUCGCGUAGAACUCGUUUCUCAAACUUCGCACGUGUGACCGAAGAAACAAAAAAAAAACCUUUAUGGUAGAGCCGAACAUAUGUGCUCGACGCUAGUUAUGUAAUAAUAGGAACGCGGGCAGUGCGUGCCACAAUUGACUUCCGGAUAUAUGCUCGCGUACUUUUAGAGAUCGCAAGAGAGAAAGAGGGAUUGAGAGAGCGAGAGAAAGGAAGGAAGAAAGCGAGAGAGGGAGAGAGAGCUUAUCUUUGGCGUCGCCUUAUAUUCCAUCGCUCGUGAAGAUAUCCCGGAAGUCUGGCUGCACGCGACGCCGUUGUUAAUGACAUUAAUGUAAUUAAUACUGUAAUAUUAUUGCCAUCGUUACUACUGCUGCUACAUCUAUCGUUAUUAUGAUUAUUACAAGUAUUAUAUCGUUAAUUUUAUCACUCUAUUGUAAUAAUUUAUAAUCCGUACCAACA